AUGGUCGUCGUGGACCCUUCCGCUGCUGAGGCGGGUGUUACAAGUUCUGGUCGUGAUGUCGAACUGGGACAUAUCCAGGCCGCAGAAAAUUGCCAAUCGGUGGCUGGUGCGGAGUCAUCGAACACUGACAAAGCAGGAUUGGAAGAGCGCGGGAACUUACAAAUCGAUCAGGACAGCCCGCGUGGGGUAGAUCAGAACUAA